AAUAAAUAAUUCUGAAAUGAUGUCGUGCCAAAUGUAUUUUUAAGACAAAUCAUGUGAACUACUAAAUUAGGUUGUUAAACAUGUCAUGACACCCCGCAAAAAUGCAUAUAUGGAGUGCGAUUACAACAACACACCCACAUAAACCUAUGGAUUAUCCAACCUUCUUUCUCAUAGUUUCUUCCCUUCUAACAAUCAUCUACGGCCUGACCACCAUCUCCGGCCGCCACAACUCCCGGCUUCCCCCAGGGCCUUACCCUUUUCCGGUCAUCGGAAACCUGUUAAAACUCAGUGACAAACCCCAUCAAUCUCUGGCUACACUCUCAAAACGUUAUGGUCCUUUGAUGUCACUUAAGCUUGGAAGUAGAACAACGAUAGUUGUUUCAUCACCUGAUGUUGCCAAAGAGUUCUUUCACACACAUGAUAUAUCCUUCUCUGGUAGAACGGUUCCCGACACCGCCCGGAUAGUUGACCAUGAUAAAUACUCCAUAGCAUGGUUGCCGACCGGAGCUCAGUGGCGUGUACUACGAAGAAUAGGUAGAGAAUAUUUGUUCUCCGUACAACGUCUAGAUGAUAGCCAACUCCUACGUGGGGAGAAGGUACAAGAACUUAUUAACCAUGUCGAGAGAUGUUGUACAAAUGAAAAGGCUGUGAAUAUAGGUGCAAGUGCCUUCACAACAACUCUUAACGUUCUUUCAAAAUUUAUAUUCUCUGUUGAUUUUGCUCAAUACGAUACUAUUUCAUCACAAGAGUUUAAGGAAGUCGUGAUGGCUUUGGUGGAAUUAGCUGGGAAGCCGAAUCUAGCCGACUUUUUUCCAAUAUUAAAACCUUUCGAUCCACAAGGAUUAGUACGGAAAGGAAAUGUUUAUGGUAAAAAGUUGUUGACUAUUUUCGAUAGAAUCAUUAAUCAACGCUUGCAAUUAAGAUCGAAAUCAAUGUUAACAAACAUUGAUGUUUUGGACUUGUUGCUCAACCUUGUCCAGAAAGAUGAAUCAAUCUUUAGUCGAGAUGACAUGAGACAUUUCUUCUAUGCUUUAUUUAUCGCGGGAACUGAUACAACAUCCGGCACAUUUGAGUGGGCAAUGGCCGAGCUUAUCCAUAACCCAGAGAAAAUGGAAACUGCUCGAUCAGAGAUCAUAAAACUCAUGCAAAACAACAAAGGGAAUAUACAAGAAAUGCAUAUAUCUCAGCUUCCAUACCAGUUCAAGGUUUCAUCGUGCCUAAAAAUGCACAAAUCAUUUGUAAUGUUUAGGCUAUGGGGCGUGACCGUAACAUUUGGCCAAACCCAAAAAGGCAGGCGAAUAUGUCCGGGAUUGAAUAUUGCUCAUAGAAUGUUGCAUAUAAUGUUAGGAUCUUUGAUUCAUAAGUUUGAGUGGAAACUUGAAGGAAAUAUAAGAGCACAAGAUAUGGAUAUGGAGGAGAAGUUUGGGCUCACAUUACCAAGAAAAGUACCACUCAUGGCCAUUCCGAUCAAACUUUGA